GAAGAAGACGUUUUCACGGUAGUGAGCUCUGAAGAGAGAGGAAGAGGCGUAAUCUUUGGUUUGCCCCCAAAUCCAUGUUUAUCCGCGGUGUUCAUUCUUCUAGGGAAAAACAUCUGUGUUUUGGGGGGGGGGAUUGCCAUUCCAGAGCACAUCAUCUGAGCAUAAUCGGCGUAUAGAAGGACAGGUGAACUGCAAUGGCUGCCAACGGGAUACCAGAGGAUGUGUUGAUGGAUAAUGAUCUUAUAAAGGACUUAGUGGAGGUGGCAAAAGACUCAGCCCUUCUAAAUGGAGUGUUGAUGCGGACUAAAGAGACACCCAACUCAUCAGAGGUGGUGACCUAUGCACCGUUCACACUUUUCCCCUCGCCAGUGCCCGAGGCUACCUUCCACCAGGCUCUAGCAGUACAAACGCACUACAACCGACUGGUGGACAAGAUCAGCCAGGACUCAAGCUUCCUGGAGGAGGCUCUAGCCAGCACCAUCAAAGUGGAUGAUUUCACUGGGAGGUUGUUCAAUAUAUACAGACAUGUUUUACAGGAAGGAAAGACCCAGUCCAUAGUUUUGGGUCUGAAUCGCUCAGACUACAUGCUGGACCAGAAUGAGGAUGGGAGUGCCUCCCUGAAGCAGAUCGAGAUCAACACCAUUGCUGCCAGUUUUGGUGGUCUUGCCUCACACACGCCAAACGUCCACCGACACAUCCUGAAGGUGGCUGGUCGGUUGGAGGAUAGCAAGCGUAUCCUAGACAACAACCCUUCUGCAGGUCUGGCAAAGGGCUUAUCUAAGGCCUGGGACCUCUACGGCUCAGAAAGGGCAGUAGUCUUGUAUCUGGUUGAAGAGCUCCAAAGAAACAUCUUCGACCAUCGAUAUGUGGAGAAUGAGCUAUGGAAGAGAAAUAUUCCUGUUAUACGAAGACAGUUCGAAGAUGUAGCUAAGACGGGAUUCCUUGAUCAGGAUAAGAGGCUGUUUGUAGAUGGACGGGAGGUUGCUAUUGUGUAUUUCCGCAAUGGGUACAUGCCACAGAACUACACAGAACAGAACUGGGAGGCUCGUCUCAUGAUGGAACGUUCUAUGGCUGUGAAGUGUCCAGAUAUCAGUACCCACCUGGCUGGCACCAAGAAGGUCCAACAGGAACUGGCCAGACCUGGUGUUCUGGAGAGGUUCUUUCCUGGUGAACCUGACGUUGUGGACCAGAUCCGGGCCACCUUUGCUGGGCUGUAUACUCUAGACAUGGGACCAGAAGGUGACAAGACUGUGGCUAUGGCUUUGGCAAAACCAGACAAGUUUGUCCUGAAGCCACAGAGGGAAGGUGGGGGCAACAACCUCUAUGGAGCUGAGAUAUGUCAGGUACUGGAGGGUGUGAAGCAGAGCACAGAGAGGAUGGCCUAUAUUCUGAUGGACAAGGUUCAGCCCCGCCCUGUACACAACUACCUCCUUAGGCUGGGGACGCCACUCAAACUCAGCACCUGCCUUAGUGAGCUGGGUGUAUUUGGGGCCUACGUCAGGCAUGGGCAAGACAUGGUGCUGAAUGAGUGUGCUGGACAUCUGCUGAGGACCAAGAGUGAUGAACACUCUGAUGGAGGUGUGGCUGCUGGAGUGGCAGUGCUAGACAAUCCACUCCUCGUCUGACCGACACUGCCCUCUGUCACAUUAAUAGUGAAACUGCACAGAAGCAUGGUAAUAAGAAAAGUUAAACACACAAGUGCUCUUCUUUGACCGCAGAGAAAAUUGCUGCUCCCCAUCUAUUUUAGAUGUUUAUUUUGUACUUUUACUGUAGAAUCAAAUGUGUGCUCUUAGAGCUUGUGCAGAUCAGGAAUGAGCCUGAUGGACGAAGAAAAGCUGUGUGCCGACACUAUGAAGUCUUACUGCCGCAAUACAUUUCUAUCACUGCUGGGUAGACUUAAACAGAGCCAAGAAAUGAAUGGAAACAUAAAAUACAGAACUAUGAUUAUUUCACACCAAAAACUAGUAUUCCAGAUAUUGAACAAUCAAAUGGAGAAACUGUUUUAAUCAGGAAAGAAGAGAAGAAUUGCGAGGUAAUAUCCCUAGAGUAAAUAAUAGUAUAAAGAUAAAUAGAUUGUUCAUGGGAAUAAUAGUAAUAAAUUGUUUUAUUACUUCCG